AUGAGCAAAGAAGAGAAGAGGUGUCCACUUUGUGCAGAUGAGAUGGAUUGGACGGAUCAGCAACUGAAGCCUUGCAAAUGUGGUUAUCAGGUGUGUGUUUGGUGUUGGCAUCACAUCAUAGACAUGGCAGAAAAAGAAGAGACUGAGGGACGAUGUCCUGCAUGCCGGACAAUUUAUGAGAAGGAAAAAAUUGUGGGAAUGCAAGCAAAUUGUGAAAGGGUGGGGAAUAAAAAUGCUAGUCGGAAAACCAAGCCACCUAAGGCCAAGCCAAAGAUUAAUGAAGUCAAGAAGGAUCUUACAAAUGUUAGAGUGAUUCAGCGGAAAAUGGCUUAUGUGAUUGGUCUACCUCUUAGUCUUGCUGAUGAAGAUCUAUUACUGCAGAAGGAGUAUUUUGGCCAGUAUGGAACAAUUACUAAAGUCUCUCUCUCGCGGAAUGCUAGUGGGGCCAUUCAGCAAUUUAUCAAUGACACUUGUAGCGUAUACAUAACAUAUUCAAAAGAGGAGGAGGCCUUGAUGUGUAUUCAAUCAGUACAUGGUUUUGUCCUUGAAGGUAGGGAUUUGAGAGCAUCCUUUGGUACUGCAAAAUAUUGUCAUGCUUGGCUGAAAAACAUGCCUUGCAAUAAUCCUUCGUGUCUGUAUUUGCAUAGUAUUGGGGACGAAAAAGAUAGUUUUGGAAAAGAUGAGAUUGCUGCAGUCCAUACAAGGAGUAGAGUCCAACAAAUUGUUGGUGCUGCAAAUAGUCAGCUAAGGCGCUCUGGUAGUGUGUUGCUAUCUCCUGUGGACUGUAAUAGUAGCAGUGCUUUUACAGAUGCUCCUAUAUGCAGAAGUGCCAUGAUUGAUGAAGCUCAUGGUUCUGUAAAUAGGAAUGGUGACAUGACAUGCACAGUUCCUUAUAAGUACAAUGAUGGUGUUCCAGCACCCAACAAAAUGACAACUUAUGUAGAUAUUGUUGGACAGUCUAAUUUUUCUUGUCCAGUAAAAGAUGAAACUAUUCCUGAAGAUGGGAACUUAUGCUCCAAAUUAUCUUUAGUAACAAUAAAUGGAGAUGUACAUUCGGGGAUUCCAUAUUCUGUUGCUAAGACAUCCAAAGUUUCAUCAUCUAAUCAUCUGGGCAUUGAAUUGUGCUGGGAGGAACAGUAUAAAGAUAUUCCAGAUGAACCAUUUACAGAAGGUUCACAGUCGUAUGAUUAUCAAGGAUCAAAGGAUUCCUGUGCUUCAAGUCAGAGGGAUUGUUUUCUUCAACAACCUUGUCCUGCAAGCAUUUCAGAGGAAUUGGGCAUUCCUACUUCGUUGCAUAAGAAGUCUCAAAUUUUAAGUGAACUCAGUGCAGAUCAUACUGUUGUUAAUAAUUAUGAGGAUGAUGCUUCUUUACCAUUUAGAUGUGUAAAUUCGGUAUUGAAUGAUGGAUGUCAUGAGAUGAAGUUCCAAAAUUUUGCCAAAUCAGAUAGAAUUUAUAGAAAUUCUAGCUCAUUUUCCAAUGAAGAAAUAGUAGAGCACUUGCGAAGAAUUGAUGAUAAUAGCCUGACCAAUAAUGAGAAAAGUUCUGCUUUAGAUGCCGUGGAGAGCAGUAUAAUAUUAAAUAUUAUGGAAAUGGGUUUUGAUUCUUUUGAUGAUUCAAUGACAUUACCUAAUGGUUCAUCUGAGUUGCUUGAUGAAACUGAUGAUCUGCUUGGUUCUUCCUGGGAUUCCAUUAAUGGUAACCAGUCAGGGUUCUCAUUUCUGGAACAGGGAAAUCAAGUGGCUGGAUAUGUCCUUACCGAUUUUAGGGAUAGAAGGGAGCAGUACUUGUGCAAGCCCCAGUAUCGAGCAACUAGGCCUCGAAGUUUGGCUCUGCCUGGGUUUUCAGUGCCCUACAGAGAUCCACCUCCUGGGUUUUCUUCAUGUGAGAGAAUGGGCUCCUUGCCCUGUGCCUCACCUGGAAGUUGUUUUGUUAAUGCGUCCCAUACUUUGCUUCAAAUGCCUUCAGCGGGAUCUAGCAGUGGUGCUGGUGAUGUUAAUUCCAUUGAUUCUGCCUUACUAAGCAGUAGUAAAGGUAAACCAGCUAACGGGCUGAAAAACUCAGGCUUGGAAAUGAGGCUUGCUCGUACUCUACAGCUGAGUAAGGACGAUGCCUUUUGGUUUCUGAUGCAACAACCAGCAUCAGCAAAUCAAUCCUCAAAUAUUUCUCAUAGGUUUACACCCCAAACUCCAUAUGCCCAGCAAGAAAUGAGUUAUUCUUCUUGUAUGGAGAUUGGACUAUCUACUCUAGAUGAUAUACACGGCUUGCCUUCAAGGAUAGUGGAUCAACAUCAAAGCCACAAUCCAUCUUCCUUCAGCCAACUGUCACGGCAGAAAUAUUCAAAUGGGCACAGCUUAAAUACUAAUGGCUACCUUCAGAGUUUGGAUGAGGUUCGACGUAGGAAUGCAGUGGACAUGAUAGAACUCCAGAGAAACAAGAGAUUAGGAGUCAGCAAGUACUUUCUUGGGUACGAGGAUUUAAGUUUCAGCCCAGAUGAUUUAUACUCCAGAGUAUUUGGGAUGUAA